AUGGAAAGUGUAGAGCUACUGGGAAUCGACAUUUCGAGUGAAAUAUUUCCGGAGAAGCCACCUAGGAAUGUCAGGUUCUAUGGAAUGUCUGCGACGAAUCUACCAACUGAGAAAGCAAACUCCUUUAAUCUUAUUAUCCAACGUAUGCUUCUCGGUGCUUUUACAGAAUCUCAAUGGCGAGCUGCGCUCCGUGAGAUUCUGAGUGUCCUCAAGCCUGGAGGAGCCGUGCAACUAUUGGAGACCGGACUGUACGAUUCAGUUUACGGCUCGAUUUCGAUUUCUGCUACAAGAGAAGCGGUAGAACCUCCCAUUGCCGUCAUGGACAAGCGUGGUCUACUCGGCGUCGAAUGCGGAAAUCGAUUACCCGCGAUACAUAGUGAAGUGGAGUUCUCGGACGCACGAGCUGAGGCGCAUAGAGUUCCAGUUGGAGAGGAGAGUGGGGUGAGCUAG